UAGUUUCGCUCCUCAAAUUUCUGAUUUUAUCAACCAAAUCGUUCGUCUCUUAAUUUUGGUUGGAUAUCGAAGAUGUCAGGAAGAGGAAAGGGAGGCAAGGGUCUUGGCAAGGGAGGAGCUAAGCGCCACCGUAAGGUCCUCCGCGACAACAUCCAGGGCAUCACAAAGCCGGCAAUUCGGCGCCUUGCCCGUAGGGGAGGAGUGAAGCGUAUCAGCGGCUUAAUCUACGAGGAAACCCGUGGAGUUCUCAAGAUCUUCUUGGAGAACGUCAUUCGCGAUGCGGUCACAUACACCGAACACGCCAGGAGAAAGACGGUGACUGCCAUGGAUGUGGUUUAUGCGCUGAAGAGGCAGGGUAGGACUUUGUAUGGAUUUGGCGGUUAUCGAGAAGCUUCAAAACCGACCUUGAGUUCCUCCAAACAUAUCAUGCAGUCUUCUUCUCCAGCUUCUACUUUGGCUCUUUCUAUCAUCUCCUUGAUUGAUGAUUCAUUAGCUGCAACCAUGUCGUUGUUAAUGCUCUCAAGCUCUCAAGUUAUUUCUGUCAAAGCUCUCGUCAUCCAAAUCUCUACAUCCAUACCGCUUUCCACCACAACGGCUGCAGUUUAUCUUCAAGCUCAACCCACGGAUCACUAUCUCAACAAAAAGCUUCCCAGUUCCCACUAUAAAAUAACCCGCAAUUUCGUACCGUUCCUCAAAUUUCCAAUUUCACCAUCCAAAUCAUUCAAGUUUCUUAAUUUUCAUUCGAUAUCGAAGAUGUCAGGAAGAGGAAAGGGAGGCAAGGGACUUGGCAAGGGAGGAGCGAAGCGCCACCGUAAGGUCCUCCGUGACAACAUCCAGGGCAUCACAAAGCCGGCAAUUCGACGCUUGGCCCGUAGGGGAGGAGUAAAGCGUAUCAGUGGCUUAAUCUACGAGGAAACCCGUGGAGUUCUCAAGAUCUUCUUGGAGAACGUCAUUCGCGAUGCUGUCACCUACACCGAACAUGCCAGGAGGAAGACGGUGACCGCCAUGGAUGUGGUUUAUGCUCUGAAGAGGCAGGGUAGGACUUUGUAUGGAUUUGGCGGUUAGUCGAUUUAGGGUUUAGGUUUGUAAUUAGGGGAAUCCUUUAGGGCUUAAUCGAAACUACAAGUUGGGUCUUGUUGUUCGAUGUUAUGAUUUGUAACCAGUGCUAUCAAUUUCAUAUUUUAUUGGAAUGUGAAGAACUUUUUUAGUGUC